CUGUCCAAUUGUUAGCGUUCAUCCAUUUAGCGAAACGAAACGCAAAAGAACGAUACGAACUUGGUUGAAUUUACCUCAAUUCACUCAAAGAGUAUAAUUGGAUAGGUUUGUUACGUUUUGAAGUUGAAGAUGCCAAAGUCAAAAGAAUAUGUCUCUGACAGUGAUGAUAGCAGUGAAGAGGAAGUAAAAUCAAAGAAGCAAAAAAGGGAAAGAGAGGAUGAUAACAAAGCAACGAAAGAUGAGAAGAAAUCGGCAAAGAAGGCUAGAACUGAUGAUGAAACUGUUUGGGAUUUGGGCAACAAUCGUCAAGUAAAUGUAAGAAAUUUCAAAGGCAAAUAUUAUGUUGACAUUCGGGAGAUGUAUUAUGACAAGGAAGGUGAUUUAAAACCUGGAAAAAAAGGAAUAUGUUUAUCCAUGCAACAAUGGCGAAAGUUCAUGAAUGUUGUGAAAGAAGUGGAUGAAGUGGCUAAAUCGAAGAGUUAAAACUUUAAUUCUAAUGAAUUUCUAAUGAAUUCUAAUGAAUUCUAAUGAAUUAAAGAAUGUGUUUUCUUAUAUUCACAAUUUUUUUCAACGUUAAGAUUUUGAAAAUGUGUAACUACUAUAUACUUUUUUUUAUAUUGGAUUAAAAAUAUUUCUGUGAAGAUUACAUAAAAUGUAAAAGUAUAUUAUUUGGAAAUGUCUCUAUAUAAUAACAUUAUAUUUAUCGUUUAUUUAUAAUAGAAAAAUAAAAUAUUUUAUUUGAUAUUUAUCGAAGAAAACUAAUAUUCUGAAAAUUAAUUUAAUUUGUUAAAAAAUUUUGUAAACUUUUCCAAGUCAUAAAUUAUAAUAUAUUAUAUAAUAUCAUAUGUUAUUAUGUUCCCAUUUUUGUAGCUAUGAAAUGUCUACAUUGUACUAUAAAAAUAUAAUAGUGCCAAGUA